AUGGACGACGACCAGGUCGGCCGCCUGUACGGCCCGCCCCCCGCCCCGCUGCAGCUCGCGCCGCCUGACUCCGAUGGCCCGUCGUCCGCCCUGCUGGUGCCGCCCGACGCCGUGGUGAGUAUCGAGCACCCGUGCAUUGUCAAGAACAUUGACAACGGCAUCAAGUCGCUGGGUGGCCGCGUUGUGCUGGACAAGUUCCUCAACACCAGAGACCGUGACAAGACCAUCGGUGCCUCACUUCGCCCAAAUGACCCCAUGGCCAAGCCCGUCAUGUCCGGCUUCACCAAGACGCAGAACCUGCUGCUGCGCGUGUCACUGCCCAAGCGGACUGGCAGGAAGCGCAAGAGAGGCUCGAACGGGCCUUGGAUAGAUGCUCCAGAAGCAACCGAAGCGCCGCACGCAGACGCGCAGGUCCUCUUGCAGAGCUUGCGAGACAACCCCGCCAGCUACAGCAUCCAGCCCGUGGGGUUGGCGCAGGAGAACCACCGUUUCCGCCAGCUGCCUGACUUCCAAUAUGCCACCUCCACGCUGCCUCUCGCAAACAUGCUGCGCGAGACAUUUCUGCCUCUGCAGUAUCCGAAGCUCAAGAACUUCAAGAUGAGUGAUGAGCGCGGUAAUCACGCUGAACCGGACAUUGGCCCGUCCGCCCAGUUCUCCAUGAUAGAGGUGCCCUACAACUACUCCUACCGCCAAAAUCCGGCUGUCAAGAUCUUGCACGACGAGAAUGGCCGGCAGAUCAUGUAUAACCCAACCGCUAGCCGCAAGUUCAUCAUGCACUCCGUCAACAUUGAUGCCGAAGACAUCCUCUACGAGUCUCCAGUUCCUCUCCAGCCCGAGGAUACGCUCGAGCCCCACAUCCGCGAUACUGUUGCAAACAUGCGCAAGCUUCUUGAAGAGCGACCCGUAAUGACCAGGCGCUAUCUUGCCAACCACCUUGAAGCCCCAACUGACGAUUCAAUUCGAAGUUCAUUUGCUUACGUCGGCUACUCCUUCAAGUCGGGCCCUUGGCGCGAUACACUCAUCAAGUUCGGAGUGGAUCCCCGGAAAGACCCCAAGUAUCGACACUACCAAACGCUCAUGUUCAAGAUUGUCAUACCGUCGAAGAAGGAGUCAAGUGAAGAUCCAAAUAAGUGGAUGGAUGCGCGCAAUGUUUGGCGUAGGGAAGCAAAGCCGAGGAACUUGAAGCUGACCACACACAUUUUCGACGGCAAGUCACUUACUCCAGACGGCAAGGUUUGGCAAACAUGCGAUAUCACAGAUCCGCAGCUCCGCGAAAUCCUCGAUACGGACAAAUUGCGGACCGAAUGCAAUAUCAAAUCGGAUGGGUGGUAUCUCAAUGGCACAUGGGCCAAGGUUAAGGUGCUCAUGCGUGAUAAGAUUAGCGUCGUCAGGGAGGGUGGCAUUCCCAAGGACGAGGACUAUAGGCGGAUAGUCGACUUCCCAGAUCUCAUCACACCCGAGAACCUACAGAACACGACAGUCGGCCGGGAUUCCACGGUAUCAGAAAAAGAAUACAAGAUGCUGGCCGAUAUCCGUAACCUAGCUAAACAGAACUUCCGCAUCUGGGGAAAAGAUAAAGGGACGCAGGAUGCGGACGUCGAGAUGGCAGACUCGUUCGCUCCCAGCCAGCAGUCCGAGUCCAUUGUGGAUAGUCCAAGCCAGUUUGGGAAUCCGGAGGAUCGUCGCCGAGAAACCGAUAGGGAAUCCCAGCCGCCGCCAGAUGAUGCCGAGCCAGAUGAUUCGGACAUGGAGGAUGAUUUGGAAGACCGCGAUGUGACUAUCAUUGACGGCAGUGAGGAUGAAGAUUCUGACGGGGACGAAGAAAAUGGCUUGGAUGAUCUAAUGGGUCCGUUGGAUUACGACGAAGGUAGCGACGGCCAAGUGGACGAUGAUUGA